AUGGACAAAGGAGGUUGGGUUCACGACAAUGCAGAGCUGAUGGGUGGCGAUCCGUCCAAGAUCACCAUCUUCGGCGAGAGUGCAGGAGCCGUAAGCGUGGGCUACCACCUCCUGUCCCCUCGCUCCAUGCACCUCAUCAACAACGCCAUUAUGAUGAGCGGCUCGCCGACCGUCUCCUGGGGUGUACAGGACAGGGUUUUGGCAAUGGACCGCUCCAAAAAGCUGGCGAGGAGUGUUUCCUGCCCGACGUCAAGCCACGCCGGGAUGAUGGACUGUCUCAGGUCAGCUGACCCACUAGAGCUUGUGACGAAGCAAUGGGACUUGAUCUCUUCCUUCUUUGACGUGCCGAUCGGGCCCGUGGUGGACGGUACUUUCCUCACAGACCAUCCAGCAGAGCUUCUCGCUCGUCGCCAGAUCAAAAACACAUCUGUCAUUGCCGGCGUGGUUCAUGACGAGGGGACAUUUUGGCUUCUCUACGGAUUUUCGAAGGUGUUUGGACGUCAAGAUCCGAACCCAAUUAACGCCAGCCAGUUUGAAUCGGUCGUCGAGGGUGUACUCAAACCCUUCGGAGCCGCAUACCAAGACGAACUGGUGAAGAAACUGACCACAAUCCAGUACUAUGACUCUGUACCGCCUAGCGAGAGGACUCCGAAUAUGUAUCUGGAUGUGUUGGACGACAUCAGGUGAGGUGCUGGGGAAUAAUUGGAAGAAAGUUGCAUCUCAGGUUGUGAAAAAAGAAGAGCAAGAUUUUUCUCCUUUUCAUCCCACAUCUCAGCCCUCGUACCUCUACGCCAGUCCUUUUCGCUUUCUCUUCUGCAAUCUUUUUCUAUGCAAUUUGAAGAAAGAGGGAGGAGAGGUGGAUGUUGAGAAAAAGGGGUAUAUGUGGUAUUAAGAAACACGACAACACACUGAUAGCGAGAUCUGUUGAAGGUUGUCAAAGCUAAAAUCAAAUGAGGUAAAUACACAAUAUUCUUUAUACCAUGCUUACGAGAGUGGGUGAUAAGCGGAGCCAACAAGAAUUGUAAAACAUGCUUCUUAGAAGAAUUCGCUACGAUUCAAUAUUCACGAAUAUUUCAAGAGCCUUUGGCUGUAGAGCGCCAUGGUAGCACAGCAGACAGCUUUGCAAGAAAUGAACAAUAGGCGGGCUUCCUAUUCGAAAGUCGAAGCACUAUGAAAGGCCAUGUGACGUCAUCGCGCACACACUGAAUAACACUGUGACUAUUGACUAUAACAUGGUCAAAAAUUCGUGGCGCAACUUAUUCGCAAAUAUCUCUGUAACGGGUGAAUCAAUAUCACCCAUACUUUUCACAGUUGUUUGUAUCAAUGUGUCCCAACUGAAUCAUAAUUUUCCACA